AUGUCAUAUGAUAGCUGCGAUAUUUUACUAUAUCCUAAUCUUUCAUACCAAAAGUUCAAGACCUUACCUCAUGCUUUACGAGAAAAGUUCAACUCAGAAUACUCCCUAUUUUCCUCAGGGGGCCACUUUUCUUCUAAUAACCGCUUUAACGGGAAUUCCAGUAUCGACGAGACUGAUGAUUUGAUUGACGGCUUGUGUUCCUUGAUGGUUUCUCAAAAUGGGACUGCAACGGUACACCCAUCAGCGAUAACACCUUCAAUUUAUGUGUCAGUGGAUAGUGUUUUGAUGAUCAAGCAACUUCUUGAAUCUUUCACCAACUAUUCAUUCACAAAGCAAGAAGUUUUCACAGAUUAUUUUCGACUGUUGCUGGAAAAUCAUGAGAUGGCGUCGGUCUUGGUUUCGGUGGAUGGGGACUUUGGCAAAGCAAAAGAUCUCAACUCUUUGUUUUUCAAAUUCAAGGAAAGUUAUCAAUCUACGUUGAUUUCUCAUGUUUUAGUUCAAUGCUUGUUGCUUUUUAAGAAUAGCUUGAACGAAGAGCUUAUAAAUCACCAAAAAUUUGAACUCAAUUUACCGACUUUUAAGCUUGAAAAGUUCAGUUUAUGGAAUACAAGAAACGAACUUACCAACAACGAGGUCAAUAAUAUUUUACCAAACAGCAUUAUUGAUGUCAUUCUCACCCCUUUCCAAAUUAAUGAUAUUAAUGUGUUAAAUAACGCCUACAUUUAUAAUUGCUUGGUGCAUUAUGUGUGCCACCAAGAAGAUAUAUCUACACAUCUUAAUUUGAUUUGGUACGAUAAACUUUCCAAGCUCAAGCUAAACGAUUUGAUUUAUUUCCGGGUAUUUAAGAAACUCGACCCCAAUUUCGUAUUCAUUAGUCAAACCGUUGAGACUGAUAUUGCCAACAAGAGUCGUUUCAUUAAGCAAACAAGUCUGAACUACUUCAGUGAGAUGGCUAAUAGAUUGGACUUGAGUUUAAUAUUUAACACCGAGGCAGAGAAGCAAACUUUUGAAAACUACAUCACUAUGCAUUUGAACUAUCAUCGUGUAUCGAAUUUGCAAGAUCUUUUGCAACUAUUUUGCUUCUUUUAUGACUUGCCGAUCGCCAGCUUUGUUGAAAGAGGAUUUUCCAAAGAGUUAUUUGAAAUUAUAAUAAAAUUUUUCGAUUUGAGGGCUAUAGAACCGGAUACUAAGGCAAAAUAUGAAGAUAAGAUUUGUGUGGAAUAUUUGAAAUAUCUAAGAUUUAAGACGUUCUUGCUACAUAAUGAUGUCAUAGGCCCUAGUUUUUGCCAGUCAAUUCUUGACUUGGAGCGACUAUUGAAUCUAGACUAUGAUUUUGAAAUGGCGUUGUCCAACUUUUCAAAAUUCUUUCGGCAGGAUCUAAGCUUUAAUCCCGGCUUUUUUGAUGUCGAUUGUUUGGAAAAUUUAAUGGAGUUGGGACUUGAUACGAGAACAAUUAAGCUAAUUGAUUUUUUUGGUUAUUAUGAAUAUAUUGUUUUCAGAUAA